CCAAACAAACCUAAUUUGCAGGACCAGAACUUUUGCUUAUCGUCCACGUUUUCUUGGCUCUGUAGCUUUAUUCGACGUCUUCGCACAAUCGUGAGUUCUCUGGACCAACCAUCGCGUUCCGUUCAGUGUUGCAGUCCAUCCAUCCAUUACCCAAACAUGGCUGCCGAAUCUUCUCUGGCCGAGACGCCAAUCGGCAAAUACUUCGCGUCCAUGGCCGAGAUGGGCGUAUUGCGCGUCUUUGUUGAGCACAGCAUUUUCGACGCCAUUCCAGAAGAGGGAAUCUCCCUCAAGGACCUUACGGAAAAGCUGAGCAUAGAGUACAAACUUUUGGAGCGCUUCACGGCCUUCUUCCUCGCUACCGGCAUGCUGACUAGCCCGGGACCUGGCCGUGUGGCACAUACACGGGCGUCAAAAGCAUUCACUGACCCCCGCAUCGCGCAAUUCUAUUCAUACCUCUUCGACAGCUUUAUGGGGCCAACGAUGCGGUGGACAGACUACUUCGAGGCAAACGGGCUCGCUGAGCCGGCUAGGUCGAAUCGUUCGCCAGGCGGAUUUGCGCUGGGCAUGCCCGAUAAGACGGCGUAUGAGAUCAUGGCGGCGACACCGGGGUUGGCCACAAGGAUGAAUGGGACGAUGGCCAUUGACGGUGAUAUUCCUGUCACAGGGGUAUAUGACUUUGGCUGGGUAGCUGCAUUUGCCGCGGAGAACGUCGAUCCGGAGAGGGAGCUGAUCGUUGAUGUUGCUGGAGGAAAAGGUCAGGCGUUAAAGGCUAUUUUGGAGGAGACGCCUGCGAUUCCUGCCGCCAGGUGUGUUCUACAGGAUCAGCCGCAUGUUAUCGCUGAGGCGGUGGAAGAGCACAAAGAUUCUGCUGUUCUUGGCCCCGUGAAGAAGAUUGGGCACAGCAUCUUUGGGGAACAGCCCACCAAAGGUGCUCUCGUGUAUUACAUACGUCGCGUCCUAAACGACUGGUCCGACCACGAAGCUCUUCAGAUUCUGACAAACGUGCGCGCGGCUUGCGCGGAAGACUCACGCGUGUUGAUUGCUGAGUAUCUGCGCCCUGAACAGCCAAGUGUCUACACUAGCACCGUCGACAUGUUCAUCUUAAACAUCGGCGGUAAGGUGCGCAGUGAGAAGGCCUUUUCCGAGCUUGCGGCGAAGGCGGGGCUGAUGAUCGCGUCGGUGCUGAGACAUGGAAAGACGGAGUCGGCGGUGGUUGAAAUGAUACCCCAGCCACCGCCGAUCUAGCUGGAGUGUCGCGUCUGUGCGCACAGAGACCGAAAUCCAAAACGUACUAGUUCAAACUGUAGACGUGCUCAGGCCGUUCCCUACGCCUCCGUCACUCUAGCCGGAAAAUACAACUAGAAAUCUGCCGAGCGUGUAUUAUCAUACAUAAACUGCUAGUUGCUGUUAUCGGAACGUUCCUCGGCCUUAGCCUCUCACCGCCAUAGCUGAUCUGGAUGCUGUGAUCAAAUUGUCCGUCGGCCGCGUCGGCUCCUCUGUGGGUACCUUAGGUGCUGGCUGACGUGCAACAACGGCGACCGGAUAUCUGUAGUCGUCAACAAGUCAAAGGGCUCACAGAGCGUAGUCU